UCGCACCCGGAAACAGAGCAUCCAUCCAAGACGUACCAAGUCGCAGAGGCAAAGCAAGAGAACGCAUCAAGGCACAGUAAGAAUUAAAAGCAGAGGGGAAGAACCCAAGAAGCAGAACAAGCAGAUCGAUCGAACCAUGGACAUGGAGAUGACAUCUUCCUCGGCGCCGGGCACGUCCUACUUCAACCUUUCCGUGGCGCAGGCCGUGGUGACCCUCUCCAUCAACGUCAUCCUCGUCUGGCUCUCCGCCAUCAUCAAGUCCUCCUCCUCCUCUUCAUCAUCGUCAUCAUCCACCAACCACCGCUCGACCGAGGCUCCCACGACGGCCCCGGAGCCGACGCCGGCGGCGGCAAGAGGAGGAGCCCCGGAGGUCGACCUGGACGUGGUUCUCGGCGUGAUGGGCGCGAGCGGCAGCGCCACGUCAGUCGGGUACGAGGAGGCGGCCGCGCUGUUCGAGGAGGAGGAAGCGACCGUGGAGGAGGCCGCGGCGGCGUUCCGGGUCUUUGACAGCAACGGCGACGGGUUCAUCGACGCCCGCGAGCUCGGGAGCCUUCUCGGGGCGCUCGGGUUCACCGCCGGCGUCGCCGAAGCGGAAUGCCAGCGCAUGAUCGACGCUUACGAUGAGGACAAGGACGGCCGGAUCGACUUCCAGGAGUUCCUCGCCUUCAUGGAGAGGAGCAGCAGCUCGUGAAGCAGUGGCCGGAUUGACUUGGUCGGAUUCUUUGUUUUGUUCGUUCGUUCGUUCGUUCGUUCGUUCUCUUUUUUUCUUGGCCCGGAUGGAGCCGAAUGAUGCAUACAAUUACAACCCCGUGUAUAUUCAAUUCGAUUCUUCAUACACUAAACUGUAUGGAAUUAUAAAUCGUUGAGCAUAAUAUAUAGACUCGGUUGAAACAUUACUCCGAU